AUGACGUUCUUCAUGUUCGCGCUAAACGACCGUCUCGUCUGCCAUGUCAUACCACUUCUUGCUGCCGUGUCGCUCGCCCAGUGGAUGCUGGCGUGCCACGUCAGCGCGCAGCCUGGGCCAAUCACGUUCCGCGUUGACCCGAGAAGGUCAAAUCUGACGUGGGACUCGGAGAUCCCGCCGAAAGAAGGGCAGCUCGCAUCGGUUGUCGUUACCCCGGGAGGCUUCCCACUGGCGGGCACUGUAACGGUGGAUGUGAUCGAGUGCACGGAUAUAAGAACGUCCUUUAAUAUCACCCUGGCGCGCAUCAGCAACACGUCGCUGACGGGCAUCACUCCAGCGGGUCGACCAGCGCCGGCGUCCAUUGCGGCGCAGGCCAACGCCACUGGCACCAUCGCUGCCUUCGCACCCACCCUCAACCUCUCCAGUGCGCACCCCCCCCCUCCGCCUCAGUCUUUUUGUCAAUCCCGUGCAUUUCUCCCUCUCCCUCCUCUCUCUCCCCUCCUUCGCUUUUCUCCCUGUCUCCUCCUGCUCUCUGUCUGCUCCCUCUCUUUCCUUCUCCCACAUUUUGCUCUCACCACCUCGGCCGUGCCGCCAUUCGCCAUCGACCAGACGUACGGCUCCUUCCAGUCCGCGUGGACCGUGCCCACUGCCACGUGGCGAGCUGUGAGAGGCUUUUUCGCCCCCAGCAGGGACUUUGGCGGCGGCCCCUUUUCUGCUAGCAACCUGACGGCCCCCCUCGCCUCCUUUGGCUUCGUUCAUGGGCACCUGAACACUGUGAGUGGGACACCUGAUCACCGUGAGGUGGCAGCGAACCAGUCGCAGGUGCACCUCUUCAUCAACUCCACUGCCGUCUUCACUGCCCGGCAGCUGCUGCUGACCGCCAAUGCGUCGGCGUCCAUAAUGAACAUAGUGAUGGGGCAGGGCCACGUGCGCAUGCGCAUCCUCCUCACCGGCCUCGCAGAUAACCCCUGUGCCGUCGCCCCCACGCCUCCCUCACCGCGCUCGCGGCCGUAA